UCGGGAACUACAUACGGGAUAUGUUGCUCGUCGAAGGUCCUCUUUCGUCCUCCAUGUUUGCAGUGAACUAGAGGACAACAAUAUGAGAGACAAGUGGAGGAAAAAGCGUAUGCGAAGACUGAAGCGCAAAAGGAGAAAGAUGCGAGCAAGAUCCAAGUAGAUGCAGACGUGAUAGCAGGGAUGGUGGCUUUACACAAGUUGUGUCCUGUACAAGAUUGUGGUCAGACAUGAUGGCCUUAAACCUAUGGAAUAAUUUCACCAGUCUUCAAUCACUAUUCACAAAGUCCUCAAUAACUGUGGCUUCCUGGAAAUUAAAGUGGGUUCCAGUUGAGACGUAGAAUAUUAUUGAAAGCAUCAAGAACAAGUUGUAUUAUUCCAAUGGACAUAAUGGCUUGAUUACCUCUGAACAUGAAUUUUACCAUCAAUGGAAAUGGCAGUGUGUCGUCAGUCAUCCCUCUGUCAAAUUUUGUAUUAACCCUGUUAUGGAGUCAUUAAAAAUAGAGUUUUUGCUCAUAUCUUUAUUUAGUGUACUUAUAAAACCAUAAUGUGCUCUUAGCCAUUUUGUGGCUUUUCAACAGCUUGGCUUAUCUUGUCAGCAGUCAAACCAGGUUUAAGAUAAGGUUUGGAAAAUAUGAUUUGAUGAGCAAACGGUGGAAUACCUUCAAUCUGCUUUCAUUAACGUUUUCACAGGAGGGCAACUGGUUUUCACAAGUGAGUAAAGUAACACACUGCUCUCUGACUGGGACUACACCUUAAAUUCCAUUUUGCGACUAGAACAAAGAUUGAAAUAAACAGUGCAUCCACGAGAACUUAUGAUUUGUCAACGAAUUAGGAAAUUGUCGCUUUGUCAUGGUUCUUUCAUCUUGCCCCUGUUUUGUGCUGUCAUACUUUUCAUUUCAAGAAGAAAUUUAAGUUGUUCUGCCAGUGGGGUUUAUUCAUCACGGAAAAAAAAAUUCCACCAUCCCUUGCUGAAACUGUUUACAUGUGACCUGAGACACGGAAAGAAAAUGUGCGUGUUGCCAAGAAGAAGGUCUGCGAGAAAAUGGCUUGCAUCCCUGAGAUAUUUUUGUCUACUUUAUUCUGAAACCACAACAUGUUAACCAAUAAACUGUUGUCGAAAGGUGCAGUUUGUACAGGGAAAUAUUGUAACAGUUCGGAUAAAGAUACCCUGUGAGACAGGUUCCCUUCUCCGGGCAGAAAGAGAAGGGAACUCCUGUCUCGCAGGGUAGGAUAAAGAUGAUACCCACGACGGCCGAAGGUAGGGAGACUGGGAAAGAGGACUUCCCCUUCGCGUUUCCUCCACCCCUCCCCUACCCCUUCCCCGUUUACCCAAGCACGGAUCAAAAUUAACCCGGAAACCACAUUUAUCUGAACCGCUAAAAAAUUCCGUGUAGCGGAAAUGGGCCUCACUAUACAAAUGUAAUGACUGCGAUUGUCUUGAUUGAACUCAAUGAGAUUCGUCUUCUCAAAACAGCUGUUUAUUUCUCAGUUUACGUGUAAUUACCUUUUGAAGAUAUUCAAAAACGGCGUUAAAGUUCUUUUGAAAUCGCGCAUCAUGUAAUUCCUAUGUUUUGGCUUACAUCAGAAUUUGAAAGUACUUUAAUUCCCCAGUCCUCACAAACAAAUUAAUUUGAAUUCUACCUCUGGGAACUCACCAUAAGGUCGACAAAGAGAUGCGAAAUAUAUCAUUCGCCUUUCUAGAAUUUGCCGUUUUUUUCUUCGGAUUUUCUUGGGCGUAACUCACUCUGAAUCAGGCAGUCUCGCUCUACUAUAUUUUUCUUGAAAUAGAGUUACACGAAACGAAGUCGCUUUUCUAAAUGGCACGCAAGAGGAACAAAAACGCAAAAAAAGAUGAAAAGACGGAGGAUUUCUCUCCUCUUAAGAGAAUACUGGGUGUUAUACUCGCCAUGUUUUCGUGCAUUUUCUUCGCUUUUUCCUCCCUGCUUGUUAAGCUGCUACAAGAAAUUCCGCCUCAAGAGGUAGUCCUUUUUCGCAGCCUGGUUCAAGUCAUUUUCGUCCUGCCCCCGUUGAUUUCCAGUGAGGUGCCAGUGUUUGGGGACACGAAACAUUUGCCGUUCUUGUGUGUUCGCGGCAUAGCGGGAACUUUGGCUCUUUGCUGCCAGUUUUACGCCUUUCAGCACAUGCCGUUGGCGGAUGCUACAGUCAUCGUGUUUUCUUCACCCAUAUUCACUGGUGUACUGGCGCAUUUUCUUCUAGGGGAGGCGUGGGGCUUAUUUGACGCGCUGGCGACGUUGCUGUGUUUUACCGGCGUGGUUCUCAUAGCGAGACCAACGUUUCUGUUUGCGAGACCGUUGGAGCGCGCUAGUGAACAGACCGACUUAGAACAGAUCACUGCCAGCUUUGUUGCCUUGUGUGGUGCCAUUUUGACCUCCAUCGCCCUAAUUGCCAUCAGGAAGCUUCAAGGGGUCAAUUUUUUGGUACCAGUUUUCUAUGUGGGCCUCUCCAGUGUGGUCCUCACGACAGGAGCGAUCCUUGCAUCAGGCUCUUUCCAGAGUGUCAUAUGCGGGCGCUGGCACGAGUGGUUCCUUUUGGGGCUUGGCGUAUGUGGUCUUGGUGGCCAGACACUCCUCACCAGAUCCUUACAGCUGGAGAAGGCAGGCGUGGUCGCUCUUGUGCGAACACUGGACAUCGCUUUAGCCUUCAUUUUGCAGCUGCUGUUCUUGGAUUACGCCGCUAACAUUUAUAGCAUCGCCGGCGCAGCGCUAGUAUUGGGCUGUAAUGCGUUGGUAAUAUUAAACCGCGGCGGGUGCUUGCCAAAUAAGCAAGUACCCAAAAGCAACGGGGAGCUACCUGAAGAAAAGCAAAGCCUGAUGGGAACGGUUAAACGACAGCUGUAUGGAAGAAUGCUUGCUAAAAGCUACUAAAAUCGAAGUUUUAACCUGAAAGUGCAGUCCUUAAAGAAACUGACCGUAAUACAUCAAACACUUUGGACAGUGUUUUAUCGCAUUAACAAACACUGAAAAAAAAGUUGAACUGAAUACCACGUUGAGCGGAGCUUUUUUAAAGAAAUUCGGAGUAUCUGAAAU